GACACUGUCCUGAGACUACCCCUACCUUAUCUUUGUAUGGUGUCUCCACCGGAUCAAACUUCAUCGCUCCAGCUGGGGACUUUUUUAGCGGUCCCUGAUGGGCUUAGAGUAUGAGCAGCUGUGACUGUGUACUGGCUGGAAUUCCUCGGGACUCUGACAGCUCUGGAGUGUCCAGUAACUCUUCAUGCUCAUCCUUCCCAAGGGAAUGUGCACUGCAGAUUCAUUCCAAGUCUGAUAAGCUGAGUAUCAGCUUGGCCUCACAGAAGGCUUGGGGUCUGGGUGUGGUUCAUAACGUCAACUCAGAUUCCCAGAAGCUGAAAAAUGAUGAAAAGGACUCUCUAAAGGAUGGACAUCUCAGUUUCAAGAAGUGGCUGAUCUCUGAGGAGACCAUUUCCUCGAGCCCAAAGCUAAAUGGGAGUUCAAAGGGGAACAUGACCAGGAGCCAGAAUGGGGAUAGGAACAGGAGUCGGAGUAGGAGCCUGAGCCCAAGCCCAAGACCUCUGAUGGAGGCCAAUGACCAGAGGAGCGUGGAGACAGACAAUUCUAAGACCCAAGGGCCUUCCUUGCCUGGUGGGGUGAAGUGGAAAACAGGGACUAUGAUCUCUGAUCCCUUAGGCAAGGUCCCCACCAUCAUGAUUCCUGACUCACAAAAGCUCUUAAAGACAGACUUGGAUUACCUGAAAAGUCAGCUUCAAGCCCAGACCAAGGCCUUUGAGUUCCUGAACCACUCUGUGACCCUUCUGGAGAAGGAAAGCAGCCAUCAGAGGGUUAAAAUCCAGGAGCUAGAGGAAGUGAUGAGCCUGUCUUGCUGCCCAGCCCAGGAUGACCUCAUUAGACGAGGGGCAGAACUAGGGCGUCAGGAGCUGUGGCGGGCACUGGCUCGGGGCCUGCAGGAGGUGAAGGAAAAUCUUCGAGGGAGUGAGGAGGUCCAGCGGGGCCGUACCACCCGCUCCCUACUACAACUGGGCCAGGAGAUUCGGGAAAGCAAGAAGUUCCUAUGGGAGGAGCUGGAAAUGCUGCAGGAAGAGGUGACCUACAUCCACCAGAAACUCAAGUCACAGGAAGAAGAAAUCAACAAAAACCUGGUGAAUAUCAAGAAAAUGCAGAAGAAUCAGGUGAAAUGUCGAAAGGUCCUAACAAAGAUGAAACAGCAAGGGGGCAUGGUAUCUGAGGAAGACACUAAGUCCAAGGACUGGUGGGGUCAGGAGGAGCUGGAGGAGGAGCUGAAUGACAUAUGGUCAGCUGUGAACACUCUUCAGAAUUCCAUUGAAAGCUUAUCCCUGACUGGAGUGAAGCACCGUGGAAUCCUCAGGAGCCGGAGGGUACGACGCUGUACGAGUCCAUCACCACCCACAGCCUGGGCAACAGAUUCGGAUUCAGAUGUCAACCCACCUCACAACCCAUAGCCAAUAGUCCUGACACAUACAAGACUCCUUCAGCUGAGCUGCUGGGACUUGCCUGAUCAAGAGAAGGGAGACCUCCCUGAGGGGGAGCCUCAGCCCCCCCCCGAAAUCCCCUAAGAGAGAAAAUAAAAUACGAGUGGCCCCUUCCCCAGCACUGUCUCUAUUCAUGCUGACCCUGCCUGCCCAGUCCCCUUCUCCCUUGCUUUAGAAAGGGGUGAUUCAGUGGGGCUGGACUCAGAGGCCAGUCUUAGGCUGGAGUGAGUGUGUGGCCAGGUCAAGGCCAA